AUGAACGAUUAUGUUUUGAAAAUUGAGCAACUAAUAAAACUCUCAAGUGCUUUCCUUCGUAGCGUUGAAGAUGUGAUUAGAACAUAUAGCAAAAACGCUAUAGCGUUUCCUUCAGAAGAAGAAAAAACACACCUACAAGUAUUUAUCUAUAUCAAGAAAUUGACCCUCGUUAAAGCAUUUACGAGUACAAACGUUGUGUCUAAGGAAUCUUCAAUCCACUGUAUAAAAAAUAAAAAAAUCCGCGUUUCUAUUUGUAAUUUGUCGACUGCUCAAUUAGCGAGCGAACUCGUUUUUGGGAGAUAG